AUGAAGCUCCCUCUUCUUGCCAUGUGCCUGGUGUCUGUGGCUCACUGUGAGGAUGGUGCCAGGCUCCUGGCCUCCAAAUCCCUGUUAAACAGAUAUGCAGUGGAGGGCAAGGACUUGACUUUGCAGUACAACAUCUACAAUGUUGGCUCCAGUGCUGCCCUAGAUGUGGAGCUGUCAGAUGAUUCCUUCCACCCAGAAGACUUUGGCAUCGUCUCUGGCAUGCUCAGCGUCAAGUGGGACAGGAUUGCUCCAGCCAGCAACGUGUCCCACACCAUGGUUCUAUGACCUCUCAAGGCUGGGUACUUCAACUUCACCUCUGCCACCAUCACGUACCUGGCACAGGAGGGUGCCCAGGUGGUGGUUGGCUUCACCAGUGCUCCUGGGCAGGGAGGAAUCCUGGCUCAGCGUGACUUUGAUAGGAGGUUCUCCCCUCACUUUCUGGACUGGGCGGCAUUUGGUGUGAUGACCCUGCCCUCCAUCGGGAUCACCCUGCUGCUCUGGUACUCAAGCAAGAGGAAGUAUGACACCCCCAAGAGCAAAAAGAACUGAGCAGAGUCCAAUGCCAGCAGCAGCCCAGAGCUCGGGAAAGGACACCCCUGAACCCCCAAGAACAGUGGCUAGGUCGGGAUGGUGCCAUCCCCUGCGAGGUGCUGCCUGUGUCCUGCUUCAGCCCUCUGGGUAAAGGAUUCGGUGGCUGCAGCAGCAGCUGUGAGGUGUCCUCUGUGUUCUAAUGGAGAAACAAACAAACAGAAAAAAGAGCAACCAGAAGUCCCAAACCACCUUGUCCAGCCCCUUUGGAGGCAGAACCCCUCUCUCCUCUGCAGCUGCAGCAAUCUGAGCAGCACAACAUGUUAGUGCCCAGAGGGGCCUGCCUGUGGGGCUCUGCCCCCUCUGCUGCCUCCAGCUCCCAUUUGCCUGCUGCAGUUUUCUGUCAUAUCUCAGGGUCCCCUCCAGGUGCUGCCUGCCCUGUGGGACAGAGAUUGCUCGGGUGACACCACAAACCUGAUUUGAUAGAGGAUGUCACAGCUGCUGCUUUGUCCUGUUGAUGCUGUUCUCUGACCCACCAGCCUGCCCAGGUCCAUGAUGGGCUUGUAAAGCCAUGAGGGUGGAGUGCAGGGAGGAGGAUCAGAGUUAAAUUCCUCAAGAAUGAGGUGCACAGGCUGGGAAACUCUCCCUGCACUGGCGAUGCUCUGCUUAAUUACACCCACCUACAACCCCCUCCCCUAGACAGGCUCCAGCUUUCUGCUGACAUGUUCAGGAUCAGGACAUGUUCUCUGCCGUCAGCUCUUUUCCUGUGCCAUUCUCUGACCCUCUGUCCCUUUGGAUGACACUGAACCCCCCAGGACACAAAAUGGCCAUUGGUGGCUGAGGAGGGCUAAGGGCCCUGCUAAGAGGGGAUACGGGCUCAGUUGGUUCCAGCAGCAGCUGUAUCCAGCAUUUCCAGUCUGCAGGAAGGGACUUAGCUGAGGCAUGGAGCCAAGGGUGGGGAGCUGAACCACAGCAGCCUCACCAAGCCUCGCUGUGUCUUGAGCCACUACAAGGCCCUGGGGGGGCUCUGCCUUCUUGUUUUCUGUAAUUCCCAGGCCUGGCAGACAUGCAGUAUUGUCCCUCAAAUGCUUGUGGCUGUGUCAGGGGUCUUCCCACUGCAAGACUGAAGUUCUCAUGUUUGUGGGGAAUCCUUUUAGAAUUGUUCUCCAGCCCUGGCCGCAGAGUGUCACUGUGUUCCCCCUCCAGCAGCACCUGUACCAGCAUCUACAGCAUCAGCCAGUCUGAGGGACAUGGGACCUGUCACACCUGAUGUCGCUAGUGACCACCCAUUGGGUAACAUCCUGCACACUGGAAUGCUCUGGGAUGUCCCCAGAGCAGGGGACAAGCUCUGGUCACACCAGGGGGAGACCCAUGAAGCUGAGCUCACCCAGAACCCUUGGGGUCCCCACGGGUGCCAGGCUGGGGACACAUAUGCCCCUCACCAUCUGACACUCUCAUGGGGGGCUGACCUCUGCCAGGUCGGUCAGACAUGUAGGUGCCACUCUCAGUGACAGUGAAGUUGUCAUGUCCCUCCUGCCCCCAGUACCCCCCCCAUCCUUGUACCAGGUGGUGGCACUGGUGGUCCCUGAGUGCUGACAGAUCAGUGUCACCCAGUCCCACAGCACCAGCAUCCAGGGAGGCUCCACGAGGAGCUGGAUGGUCUGGGUGGCAGGGGACACCAGCCUGCCAGGGCCAGCGCGGGGCUGGGGACAUGGCAUCCUCUGAGGACUCAAUAGUAAGGCUGAGGGUCUGGGCUGGAAGGGAGAAGGGACAGGGCUGGGUGGGGGUCGCACCGUGGGGACAGAGGCACAAGGUGUGGGGGCUGUCCACAAACUGUCCUUGUGUGGCAUGGACCCCCCUUGGAGACAGGGACACUACAGCCACCCCACAGUGAGGCGGGGCAUGGGGACACUGUGACCACCCUGUACUGUCACAGGUCACCCCCACCAGCCCUCUGAUGCCUCCCCAAAUCCCUGUCCCACCAUUAAUGUCCCCACCUUCCUGCCCCUACAAUCCCGGUCACCUCACACACAGUCUCUGAUGGCACUUAAGGGAACCCUGCAGUCCCCCUGUGCCAACUUCCCUCCCUACCCCAAGGGUACGAGGCCCAUGCCUGGGGUGCUCACCCCACAGGAGCAGCGCCAUCUUCCCGGCCAUUCUGGUGUCCCCAGCCAUGUGGACUGGCUGUGACUCACUGCUGUGGCCACUGCUCCCCUGGGUGGUGGCUCUUCAGAUGAAGAGGAAAGAAGCGAGGUCACAUCUUGGUCACAUCUUGUCCCCACGUGUAGGUCACCAUUGGUGAGGGCAGGGUGGGGACCUUGUGGGACAUGGAGGUGAUGGUGGGACAUGGUGGGUACAUGGUGUUGCCUGAAUUUGGAGGCUGAGGUGGUGUAGGGAGCCAGUGAUGGGUGUCCAGGGGAAUGGGGUUCCUAGGGAUGGGGUUUCAUGGGAAUGGGGGUCCCAGUGGUUGGACUCAGAUGUGGGUAUGAGGGUCCCAGAACAACAUGGCCUCCAGGGAUUUGUGAUCAUGGUGUGAGGGCUGAGGGAUGGGGAUGCCAGGGGAAAGGAGGGACCCCUGUGAGAAUAGAGGUCCUGGGGGAAUCAAGGGAAGGGGUUUCCCAGGGUCUGCAAUUACUGGGAUGGGGUUCCUUGGGAAUGGAGAUCCUGAGGAAUUGCAGUGCAGGGUUGGGGGCCCCAGGGAAGGGGAGACAGGAGGAAAUGAGGUCUCAUGGUUGGGGUCCCAGGGAAAUGGGGGUGCCAGGGAUGGGCAGUGGUUGGGUGGGCCCAUAGGUCCCAGCUCCUUCCCUGGGUGCCUCAGAUUUUGGGGUGACCCAGGGCCUAGCACUGCUUCCCUGGAGUGCUUGUUUCCUGUCCAUGCAUCACAUGGGGGUCCUGGGUAGCUCUGCCUCUGUGCCCUCCCGUGCCCUUGUCCUUUUCUUCUCUUUAUUUCUCCUUUUUAAUUUUUCCUCAUUUUUGUGCCAUGUCCCCUCUCCUCUGAUUCCUGAUUCAGCAAUCCCAGGGAGCACCUGAGCAGGGAAUGGGUUGGGGGGACCCAGGGGAGGGGGAAGAUGGGGAGAGGUGGUGCAAGGAAGGGUGGGGAGGCCAUGGGGGAUAGAGGUGUUGGGCUGUGCCCCCUCAACACUUCCUUUUUCCUGGACAAGAAGGAAGAAGCUGGUUGUGCUGAAAGUCAGAUGGGAAAGGGGAGUGGAUUCUGUCCUCGGGGGGGUCACAUCCAGGGGGGUCCUGUCCUGUGAGGUCCCUGUUCUGGGGGUGACCUUGGGGAGACCAGUCCAAGGUGUGGCACAUCAUGGCAUGGGGGGUCCUGUCCCACGGAGUGGUAGUGCCACCUGUCGAAGAGGUGGCACGUCCUUGGGACCCCUGUCUAUCCAAGGGUGGGACCAGCCAUGGCCCAUCCCCACUGCACAGGGAUGGUCAUUGGCCAGCCCUGCUCUGGCCAGCCCCACGUGGCAGCCAGGACCUCAGGGUCCUCCCCGCCCUUUUGCUUUUGAUUCUGGCCGCUUUAGAGCUGCUAUAGAGGUGAGAAUUGUGUGGGCGGAAAAGGCCUGCCCGUGGUUUGCUGAGCCCUGCAAGAAGCACAAAAUCCAAAGUGAGCCCAAGCAGUGGCUCUGUGAGGGCCUUUGAUGGUUUUCAGAGUAGGACUGGGUGGAAACCCCCCAUGCAAGGGUAGCUGUUGGGGAACCAGUGUGGAAAUGCAGCAAUUGAUAAUUUGUUCCCUCUUGGUAAGGGACUGAGAGAACCACAAAACUACUGAAAUCCCACAAUACUCGGCUCAACAGCCUGACCUGGACCCUCCUCCUUCCUGCUUCACCCUGCACCCACCGCAGCCACUCUCUCACUGCCCUCCACAGCUGGGUGAGGAGAGAAAAUUGAGCAAAGGGUUCCUGGGUUGAGACAAGGACCAGGAGAGAUCACUCAUCAAAUCCUGUCACGGGAAAUGCAGGCUCAGAAUUAGCAAUACGAAUUGAAUGUUUUGCUGACAAAAUCGGAGCAGGAUAAGAAGUCAAACGAACCCUUCAAAACACCUUCCCCCCCACCCCAAACUCCUUCCUGGCUCUCCCUCCUCCCUCCAGUGGCGCAGGGAGAUGGAAAUGGGGGCUUCGGGCAGUUCAGCACAGGUUGUUUCUGCCGCUGCUGAGCCAGAGUAGUUGCAGUCCUUGCCCUCCUCUGCCAAGGUGGGGUCCCUGCCUUCCACGGGAGUCUCUUCUCCAGGGAUUUCUCCAGCAGGAAUCCUUCCUGUGGUCUGCUGCUUUGCUCCAGCUGCUCCAGGCUGGGGUCCUUCCUUGCCCGGGCUCAGUGCCUCAGGAACUGCUCAAGUGGGGACUUCCCAUGGGCUCACAGCUCCCUUCAGGCAUCCUCUGCUCAGCCGGGGGCUCCUGCAGGGUGGCCAGGGGGGUGUCUGCUCCCCGGGGACCCCACAGGCUUCAGGUGAAUAUCUGGAAACCCUCGUGCCCCUCCUUCCUUCCUGCAGGGCUGUUCCUCUUGCAGCCUUGGAGUGAAAACCACGUUCACUCUCCUGUGAAAAUUUAAAAAGUUUAAUAAAGGAUAAUAGGAGACAAGGACCAUAAAGCAAAGGUUGGCACUCAACCAAGUGCACACUGUUCUCUUUGGGGAUACCCCUUAAAUACCUUUUCCCUUAUAUCAUCCUGUUGCAUAUUCAUAGACCUUUAUGCAUAGUAAACUUUUUUCCCAAACCA